AUGGCAGGGGAGAAAGUGCGCGUCAAAUGGGUGGUGAACUGCACGGGGGAGCCGGUGACAUUCACCGAAUCCUUGUUGGACGUAAACUCUACCAUCGGGGAGGUGAAGAACAGCGUGUUCGCACAAGAAAUCGCUAGAGGGCUUAGCGUGCGAGUGAUCUUCUUGGGCCGCGAAUUGGCAGAAAACGACAGUCUCGCCUCUCACCUUCGCGUGCCUGCACGAGCAGCUGCCGCGGGCUCUUGCGCAACAUCUUCAGCGGAUGCGGACAAUGCCACGGGAGUCACUCUCCAUGCAGUUCUUUCAAAUCGUCCACCAAACGUCAGGGGCAAUGGACCGGGUGGUUGCAGCAACGCUGGUGGGUUAAAGACUUGCUCUUUCUUUGCCCCUUUCCUUUGCCAGUGGCGCAGUGAAUCUACUUGGGAAUAUGGUGAUCACUCCGGCGCGAGCCCAUUGGCUGCAGCGCUCUUGUGGAUUGUGUGUGGAGGGAAUUCGGAAAAUGGCGACUGGUCUGUUGUAGUCCUCGGUGUGACAGUAUUUGUCAUCUUGUGCGUUUGCUGGUAUCACCGUCUUGCCUUCCCUGGCGAUUUCACGCCCUUCUCGUCCCUCUUGCUGGUUCUCUUCACGGGCUUCUUUGCGUUUACUAUUCGCGGCGUCGUCAUUCGCCUUCUGAAGCUUGCCUACGGCUGUCUCCGUCGUCCGUGGGAGGGUACUGACACAUCAGCUCAGCCAACAAGACCAGAUGCCACAGCACCAGUAUUUCAGGAAAUUCCGGCCCGGCCGUUAACCUGA